GCCAGAGGCAGCGGAGGAGCGGGGCGGGCAGAGCCUGCGGGGAGCUGGACACCUGCGGUUCCCCCCUCCCCGGACCGCCAUGUGCAUAGGACAUGAGGCACUCUGCCGCGCCUGCCGCCCCUGUGCAUAGCCCGCUGCGGGCAGCAUCUGCUGGGCCGGCCGGAUCCUGGGGCUGCGGCUGCUCUCGGCCCCCGAGCUGCGCGGCUCAGCCGUAAAUGUCCAUAGGCGGCUGCUGAGCGGGAGGGAAGGGGGGAGGCUCUGCCACUGCUGCCGCCCGUUCCCAGGAGGAGGAGGAUGCUGCACGGAGCCUGGCCCUGAGCUAUGGAAGGAGUCCUGUACAAGUGGACCAAUUACCUGACAGGUUGGCAGCCUCGCUGGUUUGUUUUAGACAAUGGAAUAUUGUCCUACUAUGAUUCACAGGAUGAUGUUUGCAAAGGCAGUAAAGGAAGUAUAAAGAUGGCAGUAUGUGAAAUUAAAGUUCAUCCAACAGACAACACAAGAAUGGAGUUAAUCAUCCCAGGGGAACAGCAUUUUUAUAUGAAAGCAGUUAAUGCAGCUGAGAGGCAGAGAUGGCUGGUAGCACUGGGUAGUUCUAAAGCCUGUUUGACAGACACCAGAACAAAAAAAGAAAAAGAAAUUAGUGAAACCAAUGAAUCUCUUAAAACCAAAAUGUCCGAACUUCGCCUCUACUGUGAUCUCUUAAUGCAGCAAGUUCAUACAAUACAAGAAUUUGUUCACCAUGAUGAGAGUCGCUCAUCUCCCAGCAUUGAGAACAUGAAUGAAGCCUCCUCCUUGCUCAGUGCCACAUGUAACACAUUUAUUACAACACUUGAAGAAUGUGUGAAGAUAGCUAAUGCCAAGUUUAAGCCAGAGAUGUUUCAACUGCCUCAUCCUGAUCCCUUAGUUUCUCCUGUGUCACCUUCACCUAUUCAAAUGAUGAAACGCUCCAUUAGCCAUCCUGGUACAUACAGUUCAGGGAGUAGUAACGCCACAAAAGAACCAAUUUCUUCACUCCACCGGUUAUCCCAACGACGCAGAAGAACAUACUCCGAUACAGAAUCCUAUAAUGAUAUUCCCCUUGAAGAUACAGAGAGACCUGCUCACUGUUCCAGAAGUGCUCUCAAUGGACACUUGGCCCCAGCAACCAUUCCUGAAGAAAACAGAUCAGUUUCAAAGAAAAGACCUGAAUUGGAAGAGACUCUUCCAUCCUCUUCUUCCUGAAGAAACUGCAGUAUUCAACUUUCUAUAAGUAAUACUAUGCAAAAGCUGCUGUAAUUAUAUUAUUGUUAUAGGGAGUAGUUAUUUCCCUUUUAGAAGGAUUUUUCUGCACUUUAUAGAAUAAUGUAAAAACUAACUUUGAAGUGUAUUUUAUCUUUAUAUAGUUUAUUUGCAAGAGUAUUUUCCUAAUGACUUCACAGUUUGAAUGUGCAUUUUUUUGGAACAAAUGAUGGUUUAACAGAUAGGCAUCUGCAUUUGUAAGUGUAUCUCUUUUCUAAAAAGUGUGAUGGUCUGAUAGUUUAAUAAACCUGCAGAUUUUAAAUCUUGAAGAUGGU